AUCGCCGUCAACCAGGCAACGUAGACAACGCAGAGCCUGAAUCAGCUGUCAGACGGUGUCGGCGUACGGGCGCUGCACCAACUCUUGCCCGCACCCAGGGACUCGCCGAUACGGGGAUACAAGGGCACGAAAUCAGACGUUUCAUCUUGAAACUUGGAAAUACUAUGAAUUAGCACAAAUCUAUAGCUACACAAUCGGUUACCGCUUCAAAUCAGCUACCUCUCGGAGUUAGUGGACAAAUCAACACCUCUCAGCUAACGUUGGACCGUGUAGCUCUCUCCGUCAGAUGUUAUUGUUCUUGUUUAUAAACUCUUCGACGCAGACGGACUACCAAGGUUGUGUCCUGAUAAAGCACAAAUGACUGCAUGUGACUGAGAUAAACAAAGCUAUUGUUUUUUUGGCUAGCUAGGCUGAUGUCAAGCGACGCUACCUGUAUCUUAAGGUAUUUUACAUGUGUAUCAAUUCUGCCGGAGGACGCUUUUGGUGUUUUUUGCUUAUAUUCAUUUAGAAAUACAGGAGUAGUAACAUUUUUGUCGUCCUGAGGUGGUCCGACUUGUACCUCUAACCUGGCCUGAGUUAGAGACCCCGGGCUCGAUUUGCCAUACUGACUUGUGGGAACAAGCUUUGCUGUCGUCUCUGCUUGGUUUUUCUAGUCAUUGACAGCCUGCAUUGCUGAAGCGGUGUUGUCGCAGAACCAGAGCCCUCCUCUGUCUUCUCAUUUUAUGUCGGAGAAAAGGGGUUUCUCAGGAAACCCGUUGAUUGAUUUUAAGUUAGUUUUAUGCCGAUUAUCCCUUCGUGAAUUAACCACAGAGGAGUGUAAAACUUGGGAACUAAACCUGAAUUGCAAAGUUUGUGGAGUUAGUUUAAACUUACUAGCUACCUAGCUUGCAAGCCAUGACUUUUUCCACUGACGGUUGAAAACUUUAGCCAGACUGCUAGCAACAGCUAGCAAAGAAAAAGCGACACGUAACCUGGGAACUCCAAUGAGCCAUUCAACAUUUUAACUUCUGGAAGAAAACCUGUUUCGCUUAAACGAACCGGACAGUAAUGAUCGAUGUGUAUUAAAAUUUGACCGGAUUUCUGAGACCAGUCCCCUCUUGAGAAACUUUGAAAAUGUCAACGCGGACGCCAUUGUUACCAGUCAAUGACUACUCGGCCAGUCAGCAGUCCCAUGGGGUCUCUAAGAGCAGCUCCAACUCGUCGCGGAACAGGAAGUCCAUGUCGAGCGCGGUGGACGACGACCUGCCCCAGGUGGGGAACUACCGGCUCAUCAAGACCAUCGGCAAGGGCAACUUUGCCAAGGUCAAACUGGCCCGACACACACUCACAGGGAAGGAGGUGGCUGUGAAGAUCAUAGAUAAGACCCAGCUAAACUCUUCUAGCCUACAAAAGCUAUUCCGAGAAGUGCGGAUCAUGAAGCAGCUGAAUCAUCCCAACAUCGGUGAGGUGACGGUGAUUGAGACGGAGAAGACGCUGUACCUGAUCAUGGAGUACGCCAGUGGAGGUGAAGUGUUUGAUUACCUUGUUGCCCACGGAAGAAUGAAAGAAAAAGAAGCUCGUGCCAAGUUCCGACAGAUAGUGUCUGCUGUGCAGUACUGCCACCAGAAGUGCAUCGUACACAGAGACCUGAAGGCAGAGAACCUGCUCCUGGACGCAGACAUGAACAUCAAGAUCGCUGACUUCGGCUUCAGCAACAAGUUCACGAUGGGCAGCAAGCUGGACACGUUCUGCGGCUCCCCGCCCUACGCCGCGCCCGAGCUCUUCCAGGGCAAAAGAUGCGGCGGGCCAGUCGGCGAUCUGGAGCCUGGGGUCAUCCCUCUACACACACUCGUCAGUGGGUCACUGCCCUUCGACGGACAGAACCUAAAGGAGUUGCGUGAGAGGGUUCUACGGGGAAAGUACCGGAUCCCGUUCUACAUGUCCACGGACUGCGAGAACCUACUGAAGAAGUUCCUCAUUCUCAACCCGACCAAAAGAGGCAGCUUGGAGCAGGCGAUGAAGGACCGCUGGAUAAACGUGGGGCACGAGGACGACGAGCUCAAGCCCUUCCUGGAGCCGCAGCCCGACUACAAGGACCCCCGGAGGACAGAGUUGAUGAUAAAGAUGGGUUUCACUCAUGAGGUCAUACAGGACUCCCUCGUCAACCAAAAAUACAAUGAUGUUAUGGCCACAUAUCUCUUACUGGAGUACAAGAACUCAGAGGAUGAGACCAUCAAUCUGAAGUCCCACACAGGAAAUGACCUCACCAACAGUAACACCCAGUCCCCCUCUCACAAGAUGCAGCGCAGUACCUCAUCCAAGCCCAACAGCCGCCGCUCUGACCAUGUGCCGGCCAGCCCCCUGGCCACCAGUGAGCGCCGGAAAACCCCUACGCCCUCCUCCGCAAGUCUCCGCACGCCGCGCCCAGCCAGGCAAGUCUCACACACACACACACACACACGCACGCACGCACACCGCGGCCCAGGCAAGUCUCACACACGCACGCACGCACCGCGGCCCAGCAGCACGACCCCCCAGAGAUUGUCCGUGGCGUCUCCCUCCGCCCACAACAUCCACAGCAGCUCCUCGGCCAUGGACAAUACCAACUUCCCCAGGGGGGUGACAAGCCGCAGCACUUUCCAUGCUGGCCAGAAGAGGGCGACGCGGGACCAGCACCCCGGGGCCUACGACGCGCAGGGGGCCCUGGCAACCAACCAGCCAGUGGCGCCCGCUGCCUCCGGACUCUUCAGCAAGUUCACCAACAAGUUUGUGCGCAGAAAUCUCUCCUUCAGGUUCUCCAGAAGGAACCCCUAUGAGGGCGAGGGGCGUGAUGAGGCCUGCAGACCCAUGCUGAGCACAGCGGAUAAGAUUGAGAAGGGCGGCACGCUGGGCUCGGGCGGCGACGAGAACAGAGACACGCUGUCGCGCUCGCCGGGCACCGGGCUGGCCAGCCCCGCAGGCCUGUACGCGGCCAAGGACAAGCCCCGCUCGCUCCGCUUCACCUGGAACAUGAAGACCACGUCGUCCAUGGAGCCAGCGGACAUGAUGAAGGAGAUCCGCAAGGUGCUGGACGCCAACAGCUGUGAGUACGAGUCGCGCGAGCGAUUCCUGCUGCAGUGCAUCAGCGGCAGCCCGCUGCGCGAGGACUUCGUCCAGUGGGAGAUGGAGGUGUGCAAGCUGCCCCGCCUCUCCCUCAACGGCGUCCGCUUCAAGCGCAUCGCCGGAACCUCCAUCGCCUUCAAGAACAUCGCCUCCAAGAUCGCCAACGAGCUCAAGCUGUGAAGAGGGCCGGUAGAGGAUGCAGGGGCAGCAGGGGACACGAUGACCCCCCCCAUGAAGGCCCUGGAGGGAUGGGCAGAAGAGAGUGGGGUACACCUGUGGAGGAUGGUCAGUACACCUGUGGAGGAUGACACCUGUGGAGGAUGGUCAGUGCACCUGUGGAGGAUGGUCAGUGAGACAGAUGGACCUUUAUAUCAUCAUAUCAUCAUCAUAUCAUCAUCAUCAGUUGGAGGUAUUUGAGAGGAGUAGACUGCAGGAAGAUGGACUGGAACUUUGACAGACGAUGCUGGCCGAGGUUGUGUGUCUGUGUGUGUGUGUGUGUGUGUGUCUGUGUGUGUAUGUGUAUAGAUAAUUGAAAAUGAUCUUUCUUUCUGGGGGAGGUUGUCUCUUUCUCUCUGGUUUGGGUUGUCUGGCUCCACGCGGCUGUUUUCUUUGUGUUUCUUCACUCUUUUGUUUAGUUUGGUUCUCUCACUUUUCUGUUGUUGUUGGACUUGAUGAUAAUUCUCUAUUUUGGAGAAAGUACAGUGCUGAUUGUUCUAUGCGCAUUAUGUUCUAUGCGCAUUAUGUUCUUCAAGACACACAUAAAAAAAAACAGGAACUUUUGUGAAACAAUGUUGUCUGGUUUUUCUUUUAUCAAAAAAGAAGACACAUCUUCCCAGUUCAUCAGCAUAUGAGCUGGCCCUUACCCUCACCCUGAACAUCUCCCCACCUUUCCCCACCAGGGGGCGUAGUCGUGGAGAAACACUGUCUUACUUGAGCAACUUCACUCCGAACCCCCCGCGACUGUGAGUGUUCUGACACGUUCCAUUUGUAGUCUGAUACCCUGAAUGUAGAUGCCUCCGUCACCCGUCAUGGCUGGACAAUUUCUCACAGAGCUGUUUUUUUUCAAAAAAGCUUAUCACGCUCCCAUUGGUUCUUUAUCCAGCCAAUGGCAGCACAGAGUAGCUGAACCUGUUACUGUUUGCUGAUUGGUGGAGCUGUCUCCGUGGCUUCCUCUCUGGGCCCGUCUCACCUGAGGGACGUGAAACGACACGAUCCCGGCUCCGCCACGCCCACACCAGGACUCCUACUCUCUGCGCCCCAAACCAGUUUGUUUAGUUUAAUUUUGUCGUCCUUCUCUUUGUUGAUUUUUUCUCUCUGUUUUUCCUACAGCAGGGCUCAUUUAUCUGAGAUACUAAUUAAGGGCCAAUUGAUGAAUUAUUGGUGAAUUGUAAUGUAAUUACGAGUUGCUGGGUGGAGUUACUGUGCUGCACUGGAGUGAGUUUCGUUGCCUUUCUCUGGAGAAAAUAAUGAUUAUUAUCAUUACUAUUAAUAUUAUUAUAUGAAUAAAUAUGUUUGAACGAG